AUGAAUGACUGCGCCGAGAGCCCCUUUGUUGCGCCUCCAGAUUCGGGCUGGUUGUCUUUGUUCAGCUUCACAACUGCAAAGCAUGCGCCCACUCUGCUCGGGGGUAUCGUUGUCGCUAUCAUUGCUAGUCUCCCGACGCCGGCUUUCUCGAUUCUGCUGGGGCAGAUCUUCAAUGACUUCACAUUGUUCGGGGGCCGGGCGAUCACUAGCCAUGAUCUGAUUCACUCUACGGCAAAGUACUGUGUCCGACUGGCUACACUGGGGGCGAUCAGCUGGAUUUGCAAUGGGUUCUACUAUACCCUCUUUGUCAUAUUCGGCGAGUUGCAGGCUGCCAACGCUCGGACGGAGCUCUUCGAUGGGCUCUUAAAGAGGGAUCAGGAAUGGUUUGAGACCCAGCAGGAUGGCACCCGUGUAUACCUGUCGAGCCUCCAGGGCCAUAUCGAUGACCUCCAGAAGGCGACGUCGCAGGCAUUUGGGCUUGCCCUGCAAUACAUGUUCCGGGCGAUCGUAUCGCUGAUUCUAGCUUUCUACACGUCGUGGAAUCUCACCUUGGUCACGCUGGCCGGGAUGCCGGUGCUGUCUGCCAUCAUCUCGUUCUUGUCUGCGAAAAUGAACGCGAGCUUUGAGGUGCAGAAGAACGAGCUUGCGAAUGCGUCGAAGAUUGUGGAUAGCGCUACCACUUCGAUAGAUGCUGUGAAGUCCUUCAAUGGGCAGGUCGUCGAACACCGGAACUUCGUGACUAGCAUCGAUAAAGCUGCAGUUUACUACCUGAGGCGAGCACGCUUCACUUCACUCCAAAUCGCAUUUCUACGGAUGAUGACUUUCGGUAUGUUCAUUCAAGGCUUCUGGUACGGCAGCUCUUUGGCGACUUCGGGAGAGCUUUCGGCAGGGGAGGUCUUAAGGACCUUCUGGGCCUGCUUGGCUGCAGCACAGUCAUUCGAGUUCAUCAUGCCGCAACUCGCUGUUAUGAAGAAAGGCAAAAUCGCCUCCAUUGCGCUACGACACGCGUUGAGUGAUCGGGCAGACGGCAAAGCCCCGGGCUUGCUGGACGGGGCCACAUACCCCGAUGUCUGCGAAGGUGAUACCGAAGUGAAAAACCUUUCAUUCUCAUACUCCUCGCAGCCGGACAGACUCAGCCUGAACUCGACAAGCUUCUUCUUCCCGGCUGGUGAGACAACCUUUGUCAUAGGGAAGAGCGGAUCCGGGAAAAGCACACUCGGGCAGCUGCUGGCGCGGUUCUAUAUGCCAACAUCGGGCGAGAUCCUUAUCGAUGGGCACCCCAUUCAGACGUUGAGUAUUAACUGGAUCCGAAACAACAUUACACUCAUUGAGCAGCGGAGCGUGCUUUUCAAUGAGUCUGUCUUUAUGAACAUUGCAUUCGGAAGUCGAGAUCACAGUCGACUCCGGAAGCCUGACAUACAAGAAUGCAUAAACUUAGCCAAGCUCGAAAGCACCAUUCAGGCUAUGCCCGAAGGUAUUGAAACCUGUGUUGGCCACGGAGGAAGCUUUCUGAGCGGAGGGCAAAGGCAGAGGGUCGCGAUCGCCAGAGCUCGACUCAGAGACACCCCCAUAUUGAUCAUGGACGAACCGACAAGUGCCCUAGAUGGCACCAACCGAGUGGAGAUCAUGAAAGCCAUUCGAGAGUGGCGACGGGGCAAGACAACAAUCAUCAUCACCCACGAUAUGUCGCAGAUCAUGGAUCGUGACUUCGCAUAUAUUCUAGAGCAUGGCUCGGUCGUCCACGCUGGGUACAGACAUGAAUUGGAAGAUAACAAGCUGUUUUUUCCGUUGCAGAGUAAGAAGACGACUGACAACGGUGAUUCAAACGAUGAAGACGAAAGUGCGAUCAGCGCGAUGGGCCACGACCCAUCGGCGUCUCAAAGUCGAGAUUUUUAUGACCCAGUACGAGAUGCGUACAUGAAAGAGAUGAUGUCAACAGACACCGAGCAUGCCGGUGGCUUGCCGUCGAACAGACAAAGCCUCUUCGGAUCCAUGCUCCCACGCCGCGCGCAGCGAGAAUCCAUCGAUUCCAUCGCAAUGGAGAUGAUAGAACUCAACACGAUACAAGCCAAUGGUGCAAAGGCCCAGCUCAGUCGGAUCAGUCGGCACGUGGCUUUCAACAACGAUGCGCUUCAUCGCAUAGAUAAGACGGUUGCCGAUGAGCACCCUGAGCAAGCGGCUCGUCUCCUGCCGCAUGAACGUCUGCCGUUACGAACGAUCCUCUUGACGAUGAUACCGAAUUUGACAAGUGGGCAGCGUUGGCUUCUGGCGCUCGGGUCUUUCAGCACACUUCUCCAUGCCAUGGCGACCCCUGUGUUCUCUUUCUGCUUGUCGCAGCUGCUGCAGACCUUCUACGAUAGCAGUACCCGUGCGUCGACGUGGUCAUUGGCAGUCCUAGGUGUAUCGUUGGCUGAUGGGGUGGUGUCUUUCGCCAUGCACUACCUGCUUGAUCUCUGCGGCCAGGCUUGGGUCGAUAGUAUACGGAAGAUCGGCUUCGUUCGAAUCCUCGACCAGCCCCGCAAGUGGUUCGACGAGGAAGGGAACAGGCCCUCCCAGCUUACCACGUGCCUGAAUCAGAAUGGAGAGGAAAUGCGUAAUCUCGUAGGGCGUUUUGGCGGAUAUCUUCUUGUGGCUGCUACAGUUGCCCUGACUGCUAUCAUCUGGAGUAUGGCUCUUUGCUGGAAACUGACCCUUGUCGUUCUAGCUUGUGGCCCUGUUAUCUACGCCAUCACCAGAGGUUUUGAGAGAACGACUGGGCUCUGGGAAAGACGAUCUUCUGGGGCCAGGACCUCCGCAUCGGAGGUGUUUAUCGAGACGUUCUCGGAAAUCCGGACCGUUAGGAACUUGACCCUUGAGCCGUUCUUUCACAAAAAGCACCUGAAAGCUGCUUCGUUGUGCACGACCAUCGGUAUCAGAAAAGCUCUCUAUACGGGCUCUCUUUUCGGACUGGUCGAUUCUAUGAUCAUCUUUGUCAGUGCCCUGAUAUUCUAUUAUGGCGCGGUCCUGGUAUCUUCGUCCGAGUUCAGCGUCGAAGAGCUUAUGAGUGUGUUUUCCAUGCUCCUUUUCGGCAUCGGAUACGCAAGCACAGUUCUGUCGUGGAUCCCGCAGAUUGGCACGUCUCAAGAAAUGGCCAACCAGCUAUUACGCCUUGCGAGCCUUCCCAAUGGCAGCUCACAUGAGCAUAAAGGUAGCCUCAAGGUCCGCCAAGUUGCACCGGUCAAGAUCACGGGGCUCAGCUUUCGGUACCCGUCACGGUCUAGCGCAUUGGUCCUCAAAGAUGUGUCCAUUACCAUCCCAAGGAACUCAUGCACGGCCAUCGUUGGGCGUUCCGGCUCGGGGAAAUCCACCAUAACGUCGCUGCUUCUCAAUCUAUACGAGAUUCCGCGGUCCGCCCACGGGUGGCCGACCAUUGCUCUGGCGGGUGUUGACAUCCACCAAGUGCACACCCCAACCCUGCGCUCCCUCAUCUCCAUUGUGUCCCAGCAGCCGUCCAUCUUCCCCGGGACAAUCCAAGCGAACAUAACCUACGGCCUGGAAGACGCAUCCCCACUCCACCAGAUCUACCAUGUACGCGCUGCCGCCCAGGCAGCUGGUAUCGACGAGUUCAUCUCGUCUCUAGCCCAAGGCUACCUCACAGUCAUCGGAGACGGCGGUGUCGGAUUAUCGGGGGGACAAGCCCAACGGCUCGUCAUCGCCCGAGCCCUCAUCCGGAGGCCCCAGAUCCUGAUCCUGGACGAGGCCACGUCCAGCCUCGACCCAACCAAUGCAAAGAUCAUCCGCCAGACGGUCCAGGACCUAGUCGCCGCUCGACUCGGACUUACCGUGCUUAUUAUUACGCACGCGCGAGAGAUGAUGCAGAUUGCGGAUAAAAUCGUCGUUCUUGAACACGGUCGCGUGGUUGAAGACGGGCCGUUCAACGAGCUUGCGCGCCGAAAUGGCGGGAAACUGAAGGCUUUGAUAGAGGAUCCCUGCGAGGAUAAGGAGACAGACGCGUAG